AUGCUGCGGACUGCUUUGGUUGUGCUCCUGGCGGUGGCCCUCUGUGGCGCCACUCCCCUGCCGAGGCGCCUUCCAGGAAGGAAGCCAUUGAGGCCCCGUCUGGAAGGCAGGAUCGUCGGUGGUUCUACCGUCAGCAUCUCCCAGUAUCCAUGGCAACUCUACUACACUAUGGGCAACUACAUGUGUGGCGCCUCAAUCAUCAGCAGUACAUGGGCUCUGUCUGCUGCCCACUGCGCGGAAGGCUUCUCCCCCAGCCAAAUGCUGCUGCGCGCCGGCACCUCCACCAGGGGUAGCGGUGGCUCCACCCACAACAUAGCCGCUGCACACAUGCACGGAAGCUACGAUGGCGACGACUACGACAUCGCCGUUCUGCAAGUGUCCAACGCCUUCAGCUUCAGCAGCAACGUGCAAGCUGUGGCUCUGACCUCGUCAGAGCCCUCUGCUGGGACCUCAGUAACAGUCAGUGGGUGGGGAGACACCUCCUACGAGGGCAGCGCCUCCAACACACUGCGGGCCGUCACCGUCCAGAUCAUAGACCGCAACACGUGCAACCGCUCGUACGGCAGCAUCACCAGCCGCAUGAUCUGCGCAGGUGUGUCCGGAGGCGGCAAGGACGCCUGCCAGGGAGACAGCGGCGGUCCUCUGGUGUCCGGCUCCACCCAGGUGGGCGUCGUCUCCUCUGGCUACGGAUGCGGCUGGGACGGCUACCCGGGAAUUUACGCCAACGUGGCCAACCUGAGGUCCUGGAUCAAGCAGACUUCUGGAGUCUAAGCCAUCGAUCAUCUUAGCCAAUUUUUUUGUCGAAUACUUGAAGCGGGCAUCACAAAUAAAGAAAAAGAACACCAACUGUUA